CGCUUGCACGUUUAGAGCACAGUAGUCCGGUACGGUCGUCGAAGUACCUUGUUAAUGUGUGUCAAAAGUGCUAAAUCUACUGUAGGAAACUACUCGGAUAUUUCUUUUUUUAUUUGACAUUUAAUGACAAAUUAUAGAAGCCACCAGCUGUUCAAUUCAAAUGCUUCUACAUAGUUGAAAAAAAAUAUAAUAGUGUUCAAAGUAUUGAGAUAGAUCGAAAAAUCCACGUGCACAAACUUCUAACGGAUAAGAAAAUCAUAAAAAAAUGACGGAAACGGUGGCGCUUACAGGAAUUGGACCACCAGAGAAUGGCAUUAAAGAACAAAAAUCAAAAUCAUACAAUGUAAACUUAAUGUCUGAAGAAAUUGUUGCUCUGCAAGGAACUAAUGGAACUCCACCUUACGACCCACAUGCUCAUCGCGUACUUGAACAUCCAACUACUAAUGGAGAAACCUUAAUUCAUUUAAUCAAAGGCAGUCUGGGUACCGGAAUAUUAGCUAUGCCAAGUGCUUUCAACAACUCAGGUUUACUGAUUGGGAGUGUCGGGACCAUUCUUAUUGGAAUAUUAUGCACUUAUUGUCUUCACGUUUUAGUUAGAUCUCAAUAUAUCCUGUGCAAAAGAAGACGAGAGCCCAUUCUUAGUUACCCAGAUUCUAUGAAGUACGCCCUACAAGAUGGACCGCAGUUCUUGAAAUUUUUAGUCCCAUUCUCUGCAAUUAUUGUCGAUGGAUUCUUGAUCGUUUAUCAGCUUGGAAUAUGUUGUGUGUACAUAAUGUUUAUUGGAAACAGUUUAAAACAGGUAGUAAAUGUAUAUUUGCCGGAGUCAAAUCAAAUAAGUGAACGGUAUUAUAUGCUUAUGAUACUAAUUCCUCUUGUCUGCAUUAUGCUAAUCAGAAACUUGAAAUUGUUAGCACCAUUUUCACAACUUGCCAACAUUAUCACUUUUAUUGGUCUUGGGAUCGUUCUUAUAUAUGUAUUCACGGAUUUACCACCGAUUUCGUCCAGACCAUUGAUUGGCGAACCCAGAACAUAUACAUUAUUUAUAGGAACAACACUGUUUGCGUUGGAAGCUGUUGGCGUGUUUUUGGCGUUAGAAAACAACAUGAGAACACCUGCAUCUUUUGGGGGCGUAUUAAAUAUAGGCAUGACAAUUGUUACACUUAUGUAUGUAUUCAUGGGCUUUUUUGGCUAUGUCAAAUAUGGAAGUGCUGCUGAAGGAAGCAUCACUCUUAAUUUGCCUGCAGAAGCUUGGUUAGCGCAAACCGUUAAACUAAUUUUUGCUGUGGCUAUCUUUAUAACGUAUGCACUUCAAGCUUAUGUUCCUGUUGAAAUAUUAUGGAACACGUACAUGAAACAGAGGAUUGAAAAUGUGAAUAAACAAAAAAUGGAAUACCUUUUAAGAAUAGGAGUAGUUCUUGUCACAUUCGUUUUAGCUGUUGCCAUUCCACUAUUAGAUUUAUUCAUUUCGCUAUUUGGUGCCUUAUGUUUAUCUGUGCUCGGUAUCGCAUUUCCGGCACUCAUUGAAAUAUGUGUUUUAUGGUCCAGUAAAAAUUUUGGACCAUACAAUUAUGUACUGGUGAAAGACAUUUUAUUGAUCGUCAUUGGUAUUAUUGCGAUGGUACUCGGUACAUACAUCAGUGUAAUAGAUAUUUAUCGGAAAAUCAAUUAAGUAAAACUGUAAAAUUUUGUAUUAAAUAAUUUUUGUUGAACAUUCAAGUACAUUAUGUUAAUGGAUCUAAAAUAUUGUUUUAUAAAAAUUUUGUAACGACCAUAAGAAUUUUCAUAUAUUGCUUAAAAAAUUAAUUGUAGACAGGGUUGUAGUAUUUAGAUCCAUAAUAAGUGUUAGCAUUAGUAUUACUUAGCAGGGAUAAAAAUUGAAAUAAUUUCGGUUUUGGCAAUUUUUCUUAUAUAUCGUAAACUAGUUAGAUGAACUAGUUAUUAGAUAUAGAUGAUAUCUAAUUUUUUUUUUAGUACACGUUGAAAAAUUAUUACAGAAACCUAAAAUAUUACGAGAAUAUUAAAAUUAUUAUUCCUAUGAGACCGUAUUUGAAACUUUAAUUGAACAACAUUUGAUUUUAAAAGUUUUGAUAAACCAAAAAUAACUGAAAAAAGGUAUCAGUUAAUUUUGGUUUGAAAUAUUACAAGGUCAAAUUAAAGUUUCGUUAACUUUUAAUAGCGGUUUUAUAAUACUUUUAGUUUCUACAAUUAUUAACCUUACAAAUUAAAAAAGAAAUUCGAUAUAAUUCAACUAUUUACUAGACAUGAUAAAAAUUUUCGAAAAUCGAAAUCCUGUUGGUUCCUAUCCCUGCUACUAAGUACACCUGUUAUUGAUGUUUAUUAUUAUUAAUAUUGUAUCUCAAAGAAUAAUUUAAGUUUAUUUAAAAUUAGUUCAAGUUUUAAAUUGACUUGAGUAUGUUUAAAAUAAUAUAAUUGGUUUAACCUUACAAUUUAACUUUCAAGAAAAUUUAACAAAUAUACUGUAUAACAACUUUUUUUUUAAUUACUCGAUGUUAAUUACUUUGUUUUAAAUCCAUUCUUAUUAUUAUUCAAUUAAUUUCAUAUAUUAAUUAAAUUAAAUGGAAUAUUUAGAUAAUAUAAACAGAAAAUAUAAUCUUCUUUUUUAUUUGUACAAGUUAUAAUUUAUUCUUUAUCAGUUUUUUGUGAGAAAACAAAUUUUUAUUGAAUUAGUAAUUAUUUUUUAUUAAUUCAGUAUUUUAAAAAGACUUACGUUAUACCACAUGUUAAAUGUAAUGAUAGCAAGUAGUCCAUGUGAUAAAGUUAUUAUAAUGUAAUAUUUUAAGUCUCCUAUUUAUAAUUUAUAAAAUUAUAUAUAGAAGAAAUAUUUUUUCUUGUGAAGUGUAAAGGUAACGAUAAUUGUUUUAAAUUCAUAAAUGGUUAUGGUGCAAUAACAUUUACGAUCUAACUGCCUUCUUCAAUAAAUGUUCACUCGAUUAUUAACUCGAUAAAAUUGUAUUGCCUUAAUGCUUAAUUUUAUACAAUUUGUACAUCUUAUGAAUUAUUUGCUUUAAUAUGAUUCUAUUAUAUUAGUGUAAAAUUUUCUUUACUUUUAAAAAAUUUAGUGAAUAUUUUUGUAAAAGAAUAAGAAUUGUACGAUCAAACAAUUAAUAUUGGCACAAUUUUAUUUUAAAUCUAUUAAAUUAAAAUAAAAUAAAAGAAAUUUUUGGCAUUUA